AUGAUUCAUGCCAGCCACGUGACUCCUACCAACAAAGCCAUUGCUACUGUAGUCCCUGCUUUGAACCAGCCAUGUUGCGCAAUCUUGCUUGCCCCAGACGUCGGCGACGAGCCUGACGAUGAUGCCGUGGCUGUAGUCGUCUCACCCGAGGCGCUAGAAGAUGAGUCCGCCGAGAUGGACGUGCCUGAAGUGGAUUUUGAAUUGUGCUUGGUUGUGGUAGAGGCGGCGUCGGCGGCGGUCGUCUUGCUCACUGCAGUGACAGUCACAUCAGAUGUCCCUGUCGCUGUCGGCUGGCCCGCAAUCUCGCUACCAGAGACGGAUGUAUCUACACAAUACGCCGUGGGGCAUUCGGUGCAGUCAAGAGGGAUAGAGAUCUGGCAUGCCUGA